AUGUCUUCCAUCAACAAGAAGGAUAAUAAGAUCUUUGCCCGAGACAACCUCUUUGACCUCAAGGGCAAGGUCGCUCUCGUCACAGGCGGCGGAUCUGGCAUCGGCCUCAUGGCGACUCAAGCCCUGGCUGCCAACGGUGCCAAAGUCUACAUCACGGGCCGGACCAAGUCCAAGCUUGACACCGUUGUGUCUACCUACAAUAAGGACAUCCCGGGCUCUAUCCAUGCACUGCCCGCCGAUGUUGGCAACAAGGAGGGAGUUCGUAAGCUGCAUGACGACUUCUCCAAACAUGAGGACUGCCUCUGUAUUCUUGUCAACAAUGCUGGUAUCUCAAGCGCUUCUUUCGAAACCGAGAGCGAGUCGGCUACUGAGAUGAAGGAGGAUCUGUUCAAUACGGAGAAGAGCACCUUUGAGGAUUGGAACAACACCUACAACACUAACGUCACUGGUGUCUAUUUCACCACACUUGCAUUCCUCCCCCUCUUAGAGAAGAGCUCAGAAAAGCACCAGGGCUGGUCUUCGACCGUCAUCAACAUCUCUUCCAUUUCUGGACUUAUCAAGUCGGCGCAGCAUCACUUUGCGUACAACGUCUCCAAGGGGGCGGCGAUCCACUUGAACCGCCUUCUGGCUGCUGAGAUUGCCGCGAACAAGCUCAGGAUCCGCGUCAAUAGUAUCGCGCCUGGUGUGUUUCCCAGCGAGAUGACCACUGAGGGCAGUGAUGAGCAUCAAAAGAGCCACAUCCCUACUGAGAAGUACAAGGAGAAGGUCCCUGCCGGUCGCCCGGGCAAAGAUGAGGACAUGGCUAGCACCGUUCUUUUCUUUGCUAUGAAUCAAUAUCUGAAUGGACAGACUGUUGCUGUUGAUGGUGGCUAUACCUUGGCGGCUGGGCAGUAA